UGAACGUGAGCGGUCGGGUGGGAAGAGGUUGACAGCAGCGGCGGCGGCGGCGGCGCCUCGGGCUGGCUGGCCCCAAUGGAGCUGGAGAAUAUCGUGGCCAACACUGUGCUGCUCAAGGCGCGCGAGGGUGGAGGUGGGAAUCGGAAGGGCAAGAGUAAGAAAUGGCGUCAAAUGCUGCAGUUCCCACAUAUCAGCCAGUGUGAAGAUCUUCGGCAUACAUUGGAGCAGGACUACCGCAGUUUGUGUGAUAAACAGCCAAUUGGACGUCUGCUGUUCCGACAGUUUUGUGACACGCGACUAGAACUCAUGCGCUGUGUCAAGUUCCUGGAUGCUGUGGCCGAAUAUGAAGUGACCCCGGAUGAGAAACGGAAAGAAUGUGGGAAGCAUCUGAUUGAAACAUAUUUGAAUCCUAAGAGUGCGGACCAUGUCCCUGAAGUGCCCUUGGAGCUAGUGAAUCUGUGUUCUGAACAACUGGAACAGGAACCAAGUGAAGAACUCUUUAAGGAAUCUACCAAGCUCAUCCAUGACUACCUUAGCGUGGCACCUUUUGCAGAUUAUCUUGACAGCGUUUAUUUCAACCGCUUCCUGCAGUGGAAGUAUCUGGAAAGGUGGCAUAUAACCAAGAACACUUUCCGUCAAUACCGUGUGCUGGGGAAGGGAGGCUUUGGAGAGGUUUGUGCUUGCCAGGUGCGGGCCACCGGAAAGAUGUACGCCUGCAAGAAGCUUGAGAAAAAGCGGAUAAAAAAGCGGAAAGGGGAAGCCAUGGCCUUAAAUGAGAAGCAGAUACUGGAGAAAGUGAACAGUAGGUUUGUAGUGAGUUUGGCCUAUGCCUAUGAAACAAAAGAUGCUCUCUGCUUGGUGCUGACUCUCAUGAAUGGUGGAGACCUGAAGUUCCACAUCUACCACAUGGGAGAAGCAGGAUUUGAAGAGCCAAGGGCUGUUUUCUAUGCGGCUGAAAUCUGCUGUGGCUUGGCAGAUCUCCACCGAGAGAGGAUAGUUUACAGGGACUUGAAGCCAGAGAAUAUUCUACUGGAUGACCAUGGUCACAUCCGUAUUUCUGACCUGGGACUAGCUGUUCAUGUUCCAGAAGGACAGACAAUAAAAGGUCGGGUUGGAACUGUUGGCUACAUGGCUCCUGAAGUUGUGAAGAAUGAACGGUACACAUUCAGCCCAGAUUGGUGGGCUUUCGGAUGCCUGCUCUAUGAGAUGAUUGAGGGCCAGUCUCCAUUCCAGCAGCGCAGGAAGAAGAUCAAGCGUGAAGAAGUGGAACGUCUGGUGAAGGAAGUCCAGGAAGAGUAUUCCGAGAAGUUCUCACCUGCCUCCCGCUCCAUGUGUUCCAUGCUCUUGUGCAAAGACCCCUUGGAACGGCUGGGGUGUGGAGGGUCCGGUGCUCAAGACGUGAAAGACCACCCUCUGUUUAAACAUCUGAAUUUCAAGCGACUGGAAGCUGGGAUGCUGGACCCACCUUUUAAACCUGAUCCCCAAGCUAUUUAUUGCAAAGAUGUCCUGGAUAUUGAGCAGUUUUCCACAGUCAAAGGGGUAGAGUUAGAACCAACGGACCAUGAUUUCUAUCAUAAAUUUGCAACAGGAAGUGUCCCUAUUCCCUGGCAAAAUGAGAUGAUAGAUACAGAAUGUUUCAAGGAGCUGAAUGUAUUUGGUCCAGAUGGCAUCAUACCUCCUGAUCUGGACUGGAAAGGGCAGCAGCCUCCCCUGCCCAAAAAGGGCCUGCUCCAGCGUCUCUUCAGCCGACAGGACUGUUGCGGGAACUGCAGUGAAAGUGAAGAGGAACCAACUCGCUUAUGAGCUGAUUCAGAAAAGAAGGCCCUCGCUUACAGUCGAACACAUGCCACCACCAGCAUGUGUGCAGCUCGUUGUUUCAGGCUGGCAGCAGAUUCUCACCCCAGAAGGGAAGUGUUCGAAGGCCGGGCGGAAGAGGAACCUCUGCAGAAACCUUCCGUGUACUGCUAGGGAGCUGUCUGUCUUGCUACCACUCUUUCAUGAUGAGAGAGUGUUGGUGGCAGGAGUGACUAUGGAAUAUCCCAGGGCUGGCCCUGACCCCAGUUUUUGACCUGCUCAUCUGCUGGUGUUUGUUUGUUUGUUUGUUUUUUAAAAAAUAUUUAUAUUACUAUAAAUGUGAAUGUAUGUAUAAAACAUACGUACAUUCUUAAUGAUUGGAAAAAGGGUCCUUCUGUAUUUCUCUCUGCACUUCCUUCUCUAGCCCAUCAUCACUGCUUCAUCUUACUGAUGAGCCUGCGCCAGCCUUCCGCUGGACAUGAUGAUUUGAAGAUGCUAAGGUGUGGCAGGUAAAAUGAGAGCGCUGCCAUGGCUGUUAUAUCUGAUCUGCAAGGACAACCGUCUCUGCACAUGUCUUCUUCUCUCUUAGCCAAACCCUCCCCCCCCACCCCCAUUGUAAGCUGUUGACUUGGUAUGUUAUCCCAAGGCACUGUAGAAAUGAUGGCAAGUUUUAAGUUUCCCUUUGAAUUUGCAGAUACGUCUAUCAUUUAGGCAGCAAUCAUUGAUUUUUCUUGGAUGACAAUCUCUGAAUUUUAUCUUGGGAACUUGGCUUAAUGAGAAUAACAAAUUCUAGAAUAUCAAGAAUAGUUCCAUUGCUAAUGGAAGUACACUGGUUUCUGGCUUUAUUUCUGUUUUGGAACUCCAAUUGGGAUUGAUAUAAUCGAAUAGAGUGUGAAAAGUGUUUAUAUCUCCUCUUCCCAGCCUUCAUGGGAAACUAAGCCCACCCUUUUUCUUCUUCUUUCUCCUUCCCUUUCUUGUAACACAUUGUCCUCUUUCCCCUCCAGGAAAAAAAAAUGAUUCCAUUAACGUUAGUCCUGAUUGAUUUGCAAAUUGCCAGCUGUACUCAUGAAAGCAAAUACAUAUUCCUUAGCCUAGAAGCUCUUGAGCAGAGAACCAAGCUACGUUGAAGUGGGAGGUUUGAGAUCAGAUCUUUCGACAUCUUCAUCUGUCUUGGAAAGCAGUUAGAAGUCUUUAAUUUUUGGAGCAACACUGCUGAGUUAAUCAUGUUCGCUUGCGCAACUUCCUCAUUCACAUUUGCAAUUCCCAAACUGCUGUUAGGCUUGCAAUUGAUUAAAUUGUUAGGGGAAGGGAUUAACAAGCCCUUCUCCUGUCACGCAGAGGGGCAAAUGCAGCUUUGGAGGAUGAAUUAAUUUGCCCUUUGGCCAAGAGCACAGUAAAAGCGAGAGAUCCAAAGACAGAUGCCCUGGAGCUCCUUACCCAAAGUCCUGAUCCACUUUCCAUAUGGAAUCUCUCGUAUGUGGUCUUCCAUGACUUGGAGCCCUGGGCCCACCCAGUACUGCACUUGUGCCUUCAUGAUGCUCCCCUGAGCAGGCCUCAUUCAGUCCUGCUUAAUGCUGGGAUUAAAAUGUUUCUAGUCUUAUCCUUGACCCCUGUCCAGAGGGCAAAUCGUCCAUCUCCCCACAGUUAUUUCCAGCCUUGUGCUGUACUUGUGCAGCUGCCUUGUUUUGGGACAGGUUAACUCCAUUUUAUCGUUCACUAGUGGUACCUCACGCUAGUAUGGCAUUGUACUGGCAAUACUGAAACUACUCUUACUGUGUUAAUUGUUAAGUACUGACUUGUCAUUGCUGUGGUACAGAAGGAGAUGGCGUGAAUACAUUCAUAGGUGCUGAACAAUCUCCUGGCGAUGCACUCUUAAGAAUGUGAACAUCAACCAUCCUGCCUUUCAGUUAUAAAGAGCAGCCACCUUGCACAACUUACCUGUGUGUCUGACUGCUUUGGUUACUGCCUUUUACCCUUGGCCACUCUCUCCACUUCUUGAUGCCUCUGAGACUGUUUUUCACAGUCUAGUAGUAGAUUUACCGUCUUAAUUUUUCCCUUGGAAUUUCUAGCAGAAUAUUGUAUGACCUCCUCAACAUGAGUGUGUACGCAUUUUGUCUUUCUUUUACUCUUUCCCUUAACUUGAUCCUUCUUUCAAAAUUCAUUCUGGCCAUCUGAAAUUGUGUGGUUUUUUUUUUUUUUUAAAGAAAAUGGUUGAGAAUAUUCUGUAUGGAUUUAAAUGACUAAGCCUCAAGCAAUAUCUUAAAUCAGAGAGUAAGGUUAAAAAUAGAAAAGUAUGGUGCAAUCAUGCUUGCGUAGACGUUAGGGGAACAAGAGUUGCAGAUCUAUUACAGGGAAUCCCAGUAUUUAAAUUUCUGUGUAUUGCACAAUUAGUAAUGUUGUCUAUAAUUUUAUCAUUUAAAUUGUGGUCGUUUUUGAAUUUUUUAAAAAUGUGAGUUAAGAUUUCUUAAAUGUACAUAUUGUAAAAACAUCAAUGAAAGAAACAGUUUCUCAAGUGUGGAAUUACUUGAUUUAAUAAAACUACUAUAUGUUGCUAAGAAGGAAAUUUCAUCUUUCUAGUUAAUUAAAUCUAGGAGUAUCAAUUACUUUCUGUAACUGUUUUAUAUUUUAAACAAUGUCCCCAUCAGACUAUAGAUGAUUCUAAAGUAAAAGAUUUAUUUGAUCAUAGGCCUAAGAGUAAAAAGCAAAGGCAGAGCAGCUUUGUUCUAAUACCAGUUUUGUAUUCUAGUUUCCAAUACAAGCUGAAAAAAUAAAGUUUUCAUCAAAUCUGGAAUUGGGGAAUAACCUGAAGUAGGAGGGUUCUUCUUGAGAACAAGGUUCCAAAUUAUUCACUAACCAGGAUUGUCUGCUCCAAGUGGCAAUGGUUCCCCAGGGGUCUCUCAGCUUUUACUUCCUUUUCUUCUUUAAGAACAGCUUCCAAAUACUGAAUCUGGUGUCCAGAGGUGUCCACAAGUGAUGUUGAGAAAUGUCAAGGUGGCACCCACAAUAGUUAAUGAAAGCAUUGCAUUUUUAUUAGUCAGUUUUUAUUAUUUUUUUAACCACACCCCCGUGGACCUACCUGCUAGAGUGUCUUGUAGGUAUCUUGUACCAACAACCUAUAGACUCGAGCCUCUAAUCUGACAGCCCCUCCAAUUAGACUAUCAACUAGCUAUUUGGUCUUUAUUUGAUUUAAUUUAAGAUUAGAACCAUAGUUAAUAUGCUGGAGAUCUGUCUUUCCCUUGUAUCUGUUUUCAGGCUUAUGCCCUGCCAAUAUAUAGUAGAAGCCAGAUGCUCUAAAAUUAGGAACAGUUUUAUGUUUUGUGCUCAUUUCUCUCUUUUUUCCCCCCUGCAUGAUUGCUAAAACUCUGGUUUCAUUGGAAUAGUCUCUCUCUCUCCCACUCUCUCUCUCUCUCUCUUUCCCACUCACUCACUCUCCCCUCUCCCUCCUCCCCCGUCUCUUUCUUCUUGACUUUUUGAGGGUUUAAAUUCUUUUUCUCCUUUCUUUUUAACCUAAUUUGCAGCUGUCUAUGUUUGUUUGGCUUUCCUUGCUGCUGUUUAAAAUUGUAUCUAUCUUUAGAUUCUCCUUCGUAAUAACAAUCUGCUUUAUCUUGGGUAUCAGCA